UUAAGUGUUACAUUUUGGUUGCAGGAAUGAUGGCGUCGGCGGGGUCAGCCCAGAACGUGGGAAAGGGUUCCUUCAAGCCUGACUCGGAUGUUCACAUCACGUACGAGGAUCAGGAGAAGAUAAACCGGUUUGCCCGUCAUAACGCGAGACUGGAGGAGUUGAAGGAGGAGUUGAAGGGCAAGGAGACAGACCUGAGGAACAUCGGCGAUGCGGAGGAGGAGCUGAUCCUCGUCGACAGCUCCGGCGAGGACAUCCCCUGCCUGAUGGGCGAAGUGUUCGUCUAUCAGGACGGCGACCGGACCCAGAGCAUGCUCGAGCGGAUGAAGGAGCGGCUGCGGGGGCAGGUGGAUGCUCUCAAGGGACAGUGCAAGGAGGUGCAAGAGGCCAUGAGUGCCCUCAAGACCCAGCUCUACGCCAAAUUCGGUGACAACAUCAACCUGGAACCGGACGAGGAAUAGGCAGCAGCCAGGUGCAAACAAGUGAACGGAACUCUUUUCGAUGCAUCCAUCUGUUCUUGUGGCGACUGUGGGACUUGUGGAGAAGACUGAAUUUUUUCACUGUUUUGGCAGCUUUGACUGCCUGCCUGAGUCUUUCCCCUUAUUAAUAAAAAAUUUUGUCACAGGUAGAAUAAUGAUAUUAUUGCAGGGAAUGAAUUGAUUGUCAU